AUGGAAGGUCAGCCUCGUGGAAGAGGGGUGAGGGUGGGGGGAGGAAGGGGAAGGGGACAAAAUAGGGGAAGAGGAAGAAGAGGCCAAGUACACAGGCGGAUCCCUGAUGAAAUCAGGGCUACAAUUGUGGAUCAUGUUGUCAAUCACGGCCUCACAAUGGGAUUGCAAGACAACCUUGCAGAGGUGGAAGAGGGCCCCUUUUUACUCCGCAACAAGAGGAAGCCAUUUGUGCAAUGGUACUGCGUCAGUAACAAGCUAUUGUACCCCUACAAAAGGUACAGUUUUUCCACUUCUUUUUUUACCUUUUCCUUUCUAACCGUGCAGCAGAGCAUUCUGUACAUAUCCGCCUGGAGGAAUGCCCAAGGCCUUGUGAAACUAAUUUUGAACUCACCUUGCACUGCAGUUUCACAGGCUGAAAGAGUCAGCAUUAAGGAUCAGAGCAAGUGGUCAAACAAGAAGGCUCCUCAACAAUGUGUUGUUUUGAAUGCUCAGACAAAUGGAGACCUAAGUUCAAACCAAAUAAAAAAGAAUGAGAAUUCAUCUAAGGAGCAUCCCAGCCCCUUGAGAUCUCAAGCUCAAGUCUUAUAUUCUCCAGCAUCUGGAAAGACAUCCCUAAGCCGUGCAGCUUCUUCAUACCCGGUCAAAGCAGUUCCGUUGCCACACAGAAAUCAUUACUCACAAAAUUCCACCUGUAAAGUGUUUGCUAAAAGCUAUGACAUUACAAAGACAACAAAACCACUAGUAGCAGGUGAAGAAAAUGAAGGUCAAACUAAAUCAAACAGGCAACCUAGAAAUAACCAAGAUGUGCGUGAAUAUAUGCAUCACCAGGCCGUUGAGAGAAGGAGAAAGGUGCUACAAAUGAGGAAAGAAGCACAGCGAGAGGACGAGAGGAAGCAAAGGAAUAUGCAUGAAGUAGUUAAGAAACAAAGGCAAGUGCUCUACAGGGCCAAGAGAGAACAGCAACAGGAGUACCAGAACAGAGGCAGUUCCGAGGAGAAGAAGAGAUGUGCUCAUGUAGCUGACACAACUGAAUUGUCUGUCUUUCCUAGACAGAACCAAAGUGUGACACUCAAAACUCACACACACAGAGUGGAGACUCUCAGGAAGACAAUCAGUGCUCUAGAUACACACAUGGACGAUGAGGCAGAGGCAGGCUGGCCCCAAAUCACAGACCACAAAGGGGCUCUGAGCCAGUCACAACCUGCUGGAGAGGGCAUCUGUGAAGCCGAAUCAAGGGAAACUUUGUCUGAUUGUGGAUCUCUGGAUACAGAUACAGAGAGAGAGCACGGACAAAAAAGAGUAUCCAUUAAAAAAGAGUUUACAGAUGAAAAAGAUGAAGUGGGUAUGUGCUCUGUAGAGUUUAUUACUCUCAAAGAAUAUGAAACAAUUCUGCAUUUAGGCAUUUAA